CCCCGGCCUCCCGACAGGCUCCGCGCGUUUUCCGCGCCAGCUUUGGCCUUAGCCAGCAAGCGGCGAAGGAUGGAAAGAAGCGACGAGGCGGCGGUCGAGAAGUGCCGCAUCCACUUGCGCCCCGGCACGCUGCGCGACGCCGCCCACGCCACGCUGCACCUUCUGCCCUGCGAGGUCCUGGUUAAUGGACCCGCCCCGGUGGAGCGCUUCUUCACCCCUGCCAUCCGCCAGGGUCCAGAUGGACUCGAAGUGUCGUUUCGGGGCCGCAGACUACGGGGCGAGGAGGUGGUGCUGCCGCCCGGCCUUGAGGGAUACGUGAUGGUGAUGGAAGAGAAGGGAGAGGUGUUGCUGGGGAAGGACUUCUCGGAGGGUUCGUCGAAACUGCGAGAGCAGCAGGGGCUGGCGGUACCCCCAGAGGCGCUGGAGCGGGACUUCGACCAAUUUAUCAGAGCCACCGCCAGUUUCAGCCGCUUCACGCUGUGGGGCCUGGAGACCAUCCCCGGUCCGGAUGCCAAAGUGCGCGGGGCGCUCACCUGGCCCAGUCUGGCUGCAGCGAUUCACGCACAGGUGCCUGAGGACUGAGAACUGGAACUUGACAUUGAAAGCCACCGCUCCCUCCACCCCAAUAAACCAGCUCUUCAUUUUGGAACCACUGACGGAUUCCAUCACCCCCCAAUAAACAAGCUCUUCACAGCA